GUGCGUCAGACGUCAGAGGAGGCGUUACCCAACGGGGGUGGGUGGCGCGCGAGGCGGACCCAAUGACCGUUGCGCGUAUGGCGGCGAGUUCCGUGUUUACACCAGGAGAACGGGAGGUGAGCCGAACGCCGUGUUAGUGAGGCGAGAAAGCCGGAGGAAGAAAAGGGCAACAAAAAUAAUAGAAGGAUCUGAAAGGCCGGCGGAGAUGCGUCGGGGAGCUUGAGGCCGGCUGUUGCAAAGGGGAGAGCGCGGUUGGAGUGCGAACAAGACGGAGGUUUCGGGCCGCUCGCGGAACGGAAUGUUUUCCAGAAAGGCUCAUGGAGACGUCAAGAAAUCUACACAGAAAGUUCUGGACCCAAAGAAGGAUGUGCUGACCCGCCUCAAGCACCUGAGGACUCUGCUAGAUACUUUGGAAAGAUGUGAAUUGAAGCAAUUCUUUGAAACCAACUACUCUCAGAUUUAUUUUAUAUUCUUUGAAAAUCUAUUCACACUGGAAAAUAGUUUAAAACAAAAAGGGAAUAAGUCUCAGAGGGAGGAGCUGGACUCCAUUCUCUUUGUAUUUGAGAAAAUACUUCAACUUCUUCCUGAGAAAAUCAACAACAGAUGGCAAUUUCACAGCAUAGGCUCAAUUUUGAAGAAACUUCUGCACACUGGAAACUCUGUUAAGAUAAGAUGUGAAGGAAUUCGACUCUAUCUACUUUGGCUUCAAGCACUGCAAGAGAAUUCUUCUGAUGAGCAACUAACCUUAUUUGCUUGUCUAGUUCCUGGUUUUCCAGCUGUUUCAUCUCAAAUUGGACCAUGUACUUUAGAUACGCUCAUAAAUCCCUCCUAUAAUGUGUCUGAUGUAAAAAUUGCUGCAGAAGAUAUUACCCCUCUGCUGCCAUCAGUAUUGGGAGAAAAGAUAUCAGAUGACCAGACUUUGUACUUCCUUCAAAUACUUCUAAAGUACAUGGUAAUUCAGGCUGCAAGUUUAGAAUGGAAGAAUAAAGAAAAACAAGAAAGUGGCUUCAAGUUUCUUUUUGCCUUAUUUAAGAAGUACUACCUUUCCCAUUUAUUUCCAUCCUUCACAAAAUUUACCAACCUUUACAAUCCUGUACUUGAAAUUCCUCAGAUGAGACCAAAGCCACUAUAUAUCAAUGUAACACGAAAUAAUGACAGCAUUUACAGUACAAGGGACCAGUACUUGGCAGCUCGGGUGGCAUUUAUUAAGUGGCUUGUGACCUUCUUUCUGGAAAAGAAGUACACUGCCACAAAUCAAAACACUAAGAAUGGUGGAGAGAUGCUACCUAAAAUUAUCCAGUCAGUGACUGCAAACCCAUCAACUCAGGAGAAAGCCAUUGAAUCAGAAGCAAGUGGGACCUCUGAGCAGGAUCGAUCUCACUCCAAUAGCAGCACUCUAUCUGAAAGAAGACUCAGCACCUCUAGCCUCUGCAGCAUUGAAGAAGAAUAUCAGCCAGUCUAUGAGAUGGUUCAGAGAGUUCUCUUUUCCUCUCAAGCUAAUGUAAAUUUUAUCAAUGAAGUGUUUCACCAGGGUUUUCUUCUACCAUCUUGCGAAGCAUCAGCAAUAAAAAAAGUGGUAAAGGUUUAUCGCAAAUGGAUCUUGCACGAAAACAAACCUCCAUUUAUGGCUGAGCCAGAAAAGUCAGAAACAGAUGAUGAUGUUGUCGACCAUACAGAGCAUCUUUCUGUAUUGCUGACUGAUAGUAAAGAGACCAUUCAGCAGUCAAGGCAUCGGCGUACGUCUAGCUGGGGAAGAACAUACUCUUUUACAAAUGCCAUCAAUCGGGGCUGUGUUUUUGAAGAGGAAAAUGCAAAUAUUCAGGCUGGUGUUCAAUCAACGUUGCAGGUAUUUUUGACCAAUUCUGCAAAUGUAUUCUUGUUGGAACCUUGCAAUGAUGUUUCAAAGAUCCUCGAAGAACAGAUUGAUGUCUGCAAGGCAGUAUUAAGUAUCUACAGGCACAUGAUCAUGGAAUUAAACAUGAGCAAGAAAACAUGGGAACAACUUUUGCGUGUAUUACUUAAGAUCACUGAAACAAUUAUGCCAAAGCAGCACGAUUUGCACAACCGGGAUAUUUUUGCAGAACACAUGGCAGGACUACUUUUCCGGACUCUCAUUGUUGCCUGGAUUCGGGCUAAUUUAAGUGUGUACAUCUCACGGGAACUAUGGGAUGAGCUCCUGUCUGUGCUUUCUUCACUCACUACCUGGAAUGAACUGAUUACUGAAUGGGCAAAAAUUAUGGAUUCUCUCACUGUGGUGUUGGCAAGAUGUGUGUACAGCCUGGAUAUGAAUGAUUUACCACUGGACAAGCUAAGUGAGCAAAAGGAAAAGAAACAAAGAGGAAGAGGUGUACAUCAAGAUCUUAGUAAAGUAAAUGCAGUAGGUAGGUCCUUUUCUCUGAGUUGGAGGAGUCAGACUGAUGGCACACAAGAGCAUAUGCGAUUUAGAAGUGCAACUACCUCUGGUGCCCCUGGAGUUGAAAAGGCCAGAAAUAUUGUUCGUCAGAAAGCAACAGCUAAGCGAAGCCAAUCUAUCAGCAACUGUGUACAUCUUUAUGAGGCUUUGCCAAGCACUAAAAGUGUGCCUCUGCUGCUUCACACUGUGACCUCUCUCUUACCUGGUAUCACUCAUGCCUCCUCUUCUCAGAAACUGUCAGAAGAUGAAGAAUUCCAACAAUCUGAAACUACACCAGACGCAGAAGAAUUGAUGUCUAGUUCAACAUUAAAUCAAGAACAAAAGCUCACCCACAGCAGCAGUACCCCUGACAUUGCUGAACAACUGCAUUCAGACCUGAUGCAAGGACAAAAGAGGGAACACUCAGCUAGCUUCAGUAAUUCUGAUUCAAAGAGUGCCACUGUUGAAAACAGAAAAUGUGAAGGAAAAGAAACCGAAGCUCCAGUUAUCUUGAUACGUAGGAGCAGUAGCCCUGGUGACCUAGAAAGUAAGGCAGAAACACAUAAGUUAUAUCAAGGAAGAAGCAGCUUGAGAAAUAAAAGUGAGAGUAUCAGCAGUGAAGCAUCCAAUGAUUUCAAUGGUUUCAACGAAACAGAGCUCUUGUUAACUCAGUGGAAGAUAUUUGAUGAAGAUUCAGAAGUUGGUGCAAUAACUACUGAUGCUAUUGAUGGAGGUUCUGAUAUUGCCUUUCCGACGCUGACAACAGCCAGUGCACAAUCUCAUCCCUCCACUCUUUCAUCAACUUCCUCCAUGCAACCUGAAACCAAGGACUCCACCCCACUUCUGGAUGAGAAACUACAUCAGUCUGUCUUACAAAUUCCUGAGGAUCUGGAUAGUAGUGAAUGCCUUACAGAUGAGUGUAGUAUCAUUGCUGGAGGAACCCUUACUGGCUGGCAUGCUGAUGCAGCUGCUGUGUUAUGGAGAAGAAUUUUGGGCAUUCUGGGAGAUGUCAACUGCAUACGCUGUCCUAAAAUCCAUGCCCUUGUUUUUGAAUAUCUAUAUGAACUCUGGCACAAACUAGCUAAGAUUAGAGACAAUCUGGGUGUCAGUCUGGAUAAUCAAAAUUCACCACAAUCUCCUAUUCUCAUUCCACCUCUUCGUAUGUUUAUGUCCUGGUUAUUUAAGGCAACGACUCUCCCCAAUGAGUACAAGGAGGGAAAACUGCAAGCAUACAAGCUAAUCUGUGACAUUAUGACCAAGCGCCAAGAUGUCUUGCCAAACUCUGAUUUCUUAGUGCACUUUUAUCAUGUGAUACACAGAGGCAUUGUGAGUGAAGAUCAGGAUGUGCUGAACGUACUCACCAAACAUUGUUCACCCCGCUUCUUUUUAAUUGGUUUACCUGGUUUCACUAUGAUGGUUGGAGAUUUCAUCACUGUUGCAACCCAAGUCCUCAAUUCAGACAUGGUGGAUGCGCCGCGAUAUGAAGCACAGAUUCUUCUUGGGUCUCUGGUCUGUUUUCCUAAUUUGUACCAACAGAUGUCACUGUUACAGCCUGUGUCUGGUGCUGCUGACAUCAUCACAGGGAAUGAAGAUAUCAAGGAUUACUUGAUAAAUAUUCUGAUAAAAAAUGCAAGGAAUGAAACCUGUGAGACUGCACGAUGUAUAGCGAUGUGUAGUCUUGGAAUCUGGAUUAGUGAAGAGCUGGUGCAGUGCACAAACCAUCCACAGCUCCAAGAUGCACUGAACGUGUUAGGUGUGACACUGAAGUUUUCAAACAAACUGGUUGCUGAAGUGGCAUGUGACAUGCUAAAGCUAUUGGUUAUUCACAUGGAGCGUCUUGAGAAGUAUGAAUCACAGCUCCCCAAAAAAAUUGCUGAGAUCCUUGUGGCUACUAUUGCAUUUCUGCUGCCAAGUGCAGAACACUCAUCUGUUGAUGCGGAUAAACGGUUAAUAGUAUCUCUGUUGCUCUGCCUCUUGGAUUGGUGCAUGGCAAUGUCAGUGGAGGCACUACUGGAACCUAUUAGUGCAACCUUGAUGGAAGACCAAAUGGCACGCAAAGCACCUUUACUUGACUAUGUCUACAGGGUAUUGCAUUCCUGUGUUUAUGGUUCUCACCUCUUCACCCAACAAAGCCAAUACUUGCUGACUCUUGCUGAUGUCUCGUCUACAGAAUAUGAUCCAUUUUUGACAUUGGGAAAUGUCAAGAAUUCUGAACCUGUUCAUUCAUAUGUCCCUAAGGAUUUUGGCAGCCUUCUUACUGUCACUGAAAGUAAGAAGAAAAGAAAUUUGGAUUGGAUCCCUCUUACAGCACGCAUGGUAAUGGCUCACCUAAUAAAUCAUUUAGGUCAUUACCCGCUCAGUGGAGGUCCUGCUGUACUUCAUAGCCUCGUCACUGAGAACCAUGACAACCCCUAUGUUGAAUCAUCAGACCUAUCUGCUGAGGUUUUCAAAAGCCCAAAUUUGCAACUUUUUGUACUCAAUGACAGCACCAUAAUUUCCUACCUUCAGAUUCCUACAGAAACAGUUUUCUGUGAAAAAAUCUCUAACAGUGAACCAAAGAUUCCUGCCUCAGGUGUGAGGAUAAUUGUGCGUGACAUCUCUGGAAAAUAUUCUUGGGAUGCUCAGAUUCUAUAUGGCCCCCUCAGCAAUCAGAUGACUGCUGUGAAAAACUGUAAUACAUUUUAUUCAAAUACUACUUUUGUUGCUGAUGGUCAGUCUGACCCAGUAAUCGCAAACUGCAUUUCUCAUGAAAUGGAGCACGAUGAUCUCGAUCAGUUGCUUGAAAACUUAAGUAACAGUAGUCCAGAAUGCCUACCACAUCCACAGCUGGGACUGAGUGAGCCAGCACCAUUACCAAUUGGAAUGAAUCUUGAUCAAGAAAGAAAUAUCAUAGAUGCCAUAACCAGACAGAACAGUCGUGAAGAGGAAUACAUCCGUAAGUGGAGCAGAGAUCAUUGCAUGAGUGUGACCAAUCAAAAAGAAUCUGUUCAUCGUGAACCUCAGGCACAAUUUUACUACUGCAGACUAUUUCUUAAUGACAUGGGGAUGAAUUCUUGGGAAAGAAGGAAUAGUUUUCAUCUUCUGAAGAAAAACUCAAAACUAUUAAGGGAACUUAAAAAUUUGGAUUCGAGGCAGUGUCGGGAAACUCAUAAGAUUGCUGUGUUUUACAUUAUGGAAGGACAGGAAGACAAGUAUUCAAUUCUAACCAACACUGGAGGAAGUCAAGCAUAUGAAAACUUUGUCUCCGGACUUGGCUGGGAGAUUGACCUUGCUACACAUUGUGGUUUUAUGGGUGGCUUGCAACGUAAUGGCAGUACAGGGCAAACUGCACCUUACUAUGCUACCUCCACUGCGGAAGUCAUUUUCCAUGUUUCUACACGAAUGCCAUCAGAUUCUGAUGACUCAUUGACUAAAAAGCUCCGUCACCUGGGAAAUGAUGAAGUUCACAUCAUCUGGUCUGAGCACACAAGGGACUACCGCAGGGGCAUCAUUCCUACAGAUUUCGGUGAUGUCUUAAUCAUCAUCUAUCCUAUGAAAAACUGCAUGUUCUACAUUCAGAUUUUAAAAAAGCCAGAAGUCCCAUUUUUUGGUCCUCUUUUUGAUGGAGCCAUUGUGAAUGAAAAACUUCUGCCAAGUCUUGUUCGUGCCACAGGCAUCAAUGCCAGUCGAGCUGUGAAGUCACUUAUACCUCUCUAUCAGAGCUUUUAUGAAGAAAGAGCUCAGUACGUUGAAGCAAUAGUUCAGCAACACAAAGAGAUCCUGACAUUUGAAGAUUUUGCAGCUCAAGUCUUCUCUCCAUCCCCAAGCUACUCGCUUAGUAACAUGGGUUGUCUUAAUGGGAAUCUAAGCACUGAAAUGCCCAUUGCUGUGGGAACUGACCCUGCAAAUCAGGCUUCCCCACCACUGCCACAUGCCACAAAAAACAAGGUCUCUGGGAAACUUCGUCGAUCUGCCAGUUCUUUAAGCAAAUCUUCAAGCUAAAAAAAACUUUACACAGACAAGUUGUGAGCUGAGGCUUGCUUUCCAGCCUCUUCAAUUUGCAUCCGAUAUUCUGUUCUUAAAAUGACAUCUAUUUUGAAUGGGAUUUGAACCCUCCUUCUUUCUUUGAAAUCAAGUUAAAUUUCAAAAGCAAGGUACAGAGAGAGAAUGGUGUAAACCUGAAUGGUACUAGAAGGUUCCAACACUGGGGUUGACCCAUUUACAGUAUAAAUGUCAGCGUUGUGGAGAAGGUAGGAGACGUUGUUGUGGUGAGGGCAUCAUGACAAUACUUCCAGAUAUCUUGAAAUGGGUGCAUGAUGUCAUACCCAUGCCAUAACAACGGUAACUAUAGCAUAUGAUAUCACUUGCACCAUGAAGUCAUUGCUAGCUGCUUAGAGAGGCCUUUGAAUUAUGACCGCACUCGGGACUGUCGAGCACAGGUAUUAUGUUCAGUGACAGAUUGAAAAUGGACUCAGCUUACAGCUCUGUGAUUAUGACAUUGAAGUUAUCAUGAUGCUAGCCAGACACUCUUAAACCUUGAGUUAAUACCACAGCCUUCUUAAUAUUUUCAGUUAAUAUUAUGCCAUGAUGGGAAAAUGAGGCCUCUUCUUUCUCAGUAAAAGUAAUGAGUGUCAACCAGGAAUCUCGAAAAUUUGAAAAAUUAGAAGUGAAAUUGUCUAAACACACUCAGCUAAGAUUACUUGUAUGAACAUUAUGUUUUCUGUAUAAGGAUGUUUCCAGUGGCCUCUAUUUUGGUCUACCUGAUUUGCCAGCCUUCCAAUCAGCAACAGGCUCUCUUCUCAUACUCCUGCUCCUUCAUUCCAUAUAAUGUGACUGUUUUGAUGCUCAAGUGUAAGAUAGUUAAAGUUUAAAAAGUUACCUAGAAUUUUAAGUUAAUAAAAGGUUACUGCUGUGGUCUUGUAGAUUAAGUAAAGCACCGGAACCAGUGAAGCAAUCACUGAGCCAUUCACCCACAUGUCAAUUGUCUCUCUGCAUUUGACUAUUUGCAUUAUGUUUGAGUGAUUAUGUGCCAGGAAAGCAAAGAGAAAACACUUUUUAAGUUAUCUUUUAUUUCCUGUUCCUUGUAAGACAAAUUUAUGAUUACAAUCAAAGAAAGAAUAACGUUCAGAUUUCCACAUAAGGCAUACUUGCCCUUUUUAAUAUUUACGUUGAUCUUAACUUAUUUUGCUCUUACAAAGUUACAAGCACAAAAACAACAGGAGGAUAAUAGAAAACAAGCAGUUGAGCUAAUUUGGAGAUGAAAACAUAUGAUGCAUAACUUAUUUCAUGCCUAAAUGGUGCAUUACCAUGCCGAAAAUAUUUAUUGGCAGCUCUGACAAGUUUUCAACCUGGAACUGUUAACUGAGUUGUCUCCUGCGCAAGCCAUAUCUAAUUAUAAACUGUAUUCAUUAUUAAAAUGGUGAAACAUGAGAGUUAAAAUUCUUGAUGUUCCAAUCUUACACUGUAGAUUUUUAUUUAUCUUGUUUAUGUUACAUGCAUCCCCAGUUAUUUAGCUGUCAGUUCAGAAAAGAAUAUGGCCAUGAUGGAAUAAUACUUCUAAAGGUGCUGCAUUAUGGAAUCCAUCAUUCAGUCUUGGCCUAUUCUAAAAAUUCUAAAUCAACAGCCAUAAGGUUGUUUUAUAUUUUUGCCACCCAACUGCACUUUUAGCCACAGCUUCAAAGUACUGAAUGAACCAGUUGCUGUUAAUUUUCAUCAUUUUGAUACAUUUUGCCACGAGAAAACCGAGAGGCAAAACGACUGCACACGUAGAUAAUUCAUUUGGACUUUUCUACUGAAGAUUAUUUGUCACUUUUUGUGACUUGAAGAUUGUGACACAUGAAGCAGUAAUUUCAUUACCAUUUUAUCUGGGUUUUUUUGUAGCUCAUUUCAUUUUUAUCAUCCUCCUGGAAACCUUUCUGUCUUCCUGUAUGCUUCAAUCAGCAUUGACAUAUGGGCUAUCUGGACUAUUUAUUGCUGAAAUUAUGUCUUGUUGAGUACUCUAAACAGAAGAAAUGUAAGAAUUUGAUCUUCCAAGUUCUAUUGAAAUCUACUAAUGGGAUUUUUUUUUACAGGGAGAACUUUAAUGUUCUGAAGUGAUGUUACUUAUGUGUUUAUCUUUGAAUUAUAUGACAGUACUGUUUCUGUUGCACUUGUUCUUUGUGUAUCAGUCACGUGAAUGUGCUCUUUGGUUGUCAAAUGUAUAACGCUUUAUUUUUAUUAUAUAUGUAAAUAUGGAGUAAUAUUUGAUAAGCAAAAUAUAAAAAGUAGCCUUUGUAAGUUAUGAUUCACCUCUUCCAUCUUGCUGCUGGUUUUAGUCAAUUAUUGUGCUUCUUGAAAGAUACAGCCUCAGGUGAUUUGCACUGAGCAUAUGGAACAUAAAUGCAGUCUUGUAGUGUUAAUAUAAUUUUUGUUCGAAAUGGCAUUCUUCCUUACCAUGUUACAGCUAAAAAUUGUACCUUCCUAUAAAAAAAUAGUUUCUAAAUAGUUGUCAGCUUAACUUUGAUUUAUCUAUCUUUUUAAAUAAUCUUUCUCAAUAAGAACAGCUUUUAAAGAAUGUUUUCUUUAGAGGUGUGUGACUUUCUAGUAAUCAAUAUUGUAAAGCAGAAUUAAAGAAGUGCACUCACACAGCCUUUAUAUAUUUCCUAAUUCACAUUGUCCAACCUGAACUUGAAAAUGCCAUGUGCUUCCUACUUCUGUUGAUGACUGAGAUCCUCAGUAACUAAAGGAUUAAUAGGUGUCUAGAUAAAUACCAUCUAAAUUGAAUGUGUGUACUCUUCUUAUCUGAAUUAUACCUCAAUUACUUAAUUUAUGCCUAGAUAUGUUGAUCAGUUUACAUCAUGAUAUUGUUAACCACAGUUCAUGGAAUUGUGAGGAUUUUAGUUUAUGCAUGUCACUAGUUCAUCAGGCAAAAUGUGUUUGCAAAAAAUGUCCAACUUUCAACUUUUCAGUUCACUUUGGAUUAAUAGAAUUGAUCCCACUGAAGAUUAUGUCUUCCAUUAAGUGAGCAAACCUGCCCUCUUCUGAAUUUUCUUCCACGUGUCAAUCACUGUAAACUGGAUAUAAACAUUUAAUCCUUUUGGUUAAAGUUUCAGUCUUAGCUGACUGUAAUACAAUACAGCAGUAUACGAAUUCUAGUUAGUUUAAUUCAGAGGUUUAGUGUGGUGACAUUCAAAAGCAAUAAAAAGUAGAAGACUCUUGUGCCUUUAUUACAGUUAUAUAGCUCCAAAAUACUUAAGUGUUCGUCAGAUACUUUCAAACCCUUAUUAAUGUAUAUAUUGUCUAAAGUUUUCUCGUCACACUGGACAUUUUUUAAACAUACAUCAGUUGCCAAAGAACUCUUAAAUUGCUGAAAUAUGUCCUUAGUCACUCCUGUAAAUGCUGAGUGCAGACUUUCUGCAGUGAAAUGUAAUGCUGAUUACUUAACUAUGUAGCCUUUUUACCAGGAAAGGUUGUAAAGCAAUUUGAAUAUUUAACUUGAAAUAUUUUCUAUAUGAAUUUAAAAUAAUAUUUUGUGGAACCAGAUUAAGUAUCUCAGAGUUCCUCUUGUUAAGCAAGUGACUCUAAUUUUGUAGAGACACUGGUCUUGUGGCAUUUUAUUUUUAAAUUUCCAUCAAAUAAGCUCUGAGGUUUAACUUUGGGGCUUGAGGAAGAGAUGAGUGAAGAAUUGCCUCUGAAGCAUGAUUAAUUAACGAUGAACAACCAAGCCUGUCCUCAACUAAAAUGGAUAUUGCUCUGUAUCAUAAAGUCUGGGUAACGGCUUUUCAUCAAAGAAACAUAUCCAAGGAAGUGUUGAAAAGUCAUACUAUUUUGUGUUUAUCUAAAAUAUGUUCCAACUAAAUUUAAAAUAAUAAUCAGUUUUAGUAGGUUUAAUCUUCAAAUACCCCUUGAAUUUGUUUUUCAAUUUGAAUAAGAACAUCUGACAAUUUGCAGUUUUGCAUUUUUUUUGGUGACCUAUUGGCAAACGAUAAGUAGUGCUGCAUUACAUAAUACUGUAUUUUAUUAUCUAAUUAUUAAACAGAAGAGCUGGAGCGUUAGGUAACAUUUAGAUUCUCCAGGUUAACCCGUACUAUCUAUCAAUGUCAAGCAUUGUAGUUGAUAGAAAUAUUUGCAUGUUUUGAAAAGUUGUCUCUUCACGCCAAUACAUUUCUGGCCCACAUCCAACUUAUGUCUGAACCAAAUUUUGUUUAUUCAUUGUGAAUUCCCAUCUGACUGCUUUUGCAUUAUUUCUUCUCUGUCUCCCUCCUUAAGAAGGUCUCAUUGUUGCUCACACACGACCGAAGCAAGUAAUGCUAUUGCAAAAUUCCAGUUAGCAGCCUUGAACUACCAGUGAAUUUUGUAAAACUGAUAAAUAAUUGGUUUUAAAAUUCAAUGUUUAAAAAUGUGAAUGUUGUAAUUGGUUCCAUUCUUUCUUUGGAGUCUAUCAGUGAUGGGAUUAAUUAUUAACUACACAUCUAGAAGAUCUUAGUGACGCUUCUUAGUACAUUCUUGUUAUACUUUAUUUUGACUGCCUCAAAUAGAAGAACUUUUUAAAAAUCUUUUUGAUGCACCAUUUUGUUGUAGCACCAUUUCAUAUUACACUGCUCUUACUGCUCAUCAUGCUAAUUUAAUUGUUGUUCAACUCAUUGUGUUUUCUCAAAGGAUAACAAAACCUAAAAAUGCAGUACCAACAGCAUGAACCACCUCUUCCAGGUGAUCAUGUUCCAACAUGGCAAACGCCAUUGGAAAUGUAUCUAAAAUAUCUAGCAUUAGUGUAAUGAAGUAUAAUUGGAUCAUCAGAUCUCACAAGAUGAUGGGUAAACAGACUACCUUGUCAAUGCAUUUGUAUAGUCAUCUGUCAGAAGCUUCCUCAGAAGGACAUCACCACAGUUCUGGAAUCUCGUGACUCAUAUCAUUCUAGGAACAAUUGUUAACCAAUAAACUACUAAAUACCACUGAUCAGAAAACUCCUUUUGUCCUGGACAAUGUUCCUUUCAGUCUUUUCACUCUCAAAUAUGAUCACAUUUGUUCACUUUUCUGAGACUUUGCUAUUGUUAUUUGGCUUAUUAAAAAGAGAAAUCAAUAUUAUAUUUGUUCUCCCACCAACCAGAAAAGACUACUUGUGCAUUAACAUACAUUUUAAGUAUUGUUGCUAAGGACUGAACGUGUUUACUAUUAAGUCUGAAAUUUAGAGAUGCAUGUGAUGUUUUUCUUGACCUAAACCUAUCCUGAAUAAAGACAGGUAGAUAAUAGUAAAUAUAUUAAAACUAAUAAAAUUAUUGCAAAUUAUUAUUUCAAAAUGUAGAAAUGCAGCUGUACUUCCAACCAUAAGGCAAAAUCAAGCUAAUUGGCUGAAGUCACCCUGCUGAACUAAUCUUAAACACCAUUUAAAGCAAGCUAGUGCAGCUUGAGAUAUAAUGAUUAGCUUUUUAGAAUUUUAAGAAAUUCCCUUUUGAAUUGCAAUCCAUGGAGAAUAUUAAAGGUAUGUAUUAGUCUCUUAAUACUCAAAAUCUCAAUUGUAAAUGUAAAAGAUGGUCUAGAAAAUAUUAGUUUAGAAUCCAGCUAUUUAAGUCUGAAGAUGCCUGCUGUGGGAGAUUUUCUCAAUGUAUUUCCUGCUGCCUCGGUAGAAGUAUUGGAAAGUGAGAAUCGCAGUUGAGCCAAGCAUUACAAUUUGUGUUGUGUACAGUGGUUCUUGUCUUGUUCUGUCUCACUACAUCAGCACAAAGUGAAUGAAGAAAAAAAAAUCAAAUAACUGGAAGGAGAAAUGAUCUGGAGACUCGCACGCAAAACACUUAGAUGUUUGUUUGAAAUGUUUACAAAGAUUUAAUCAUUCAAGUCUUUGCCAUCAAAUACGAAUAAAAUUAGCCAGUCUUGGUCUUUGAUAUCACAUGAAUAAGUUAUUUUGGAGGCUGUCUUUCUGUUGUGCAUUCUGUAAAAUAUGGUUUAUGAAAGGAGAAAGCUUGAGGAUGCUUAUCUGUAUUAAUAUUAUCAAAAAUAUUUUAAGAUGAAAGUUCAGGAUGCCUUUGUGAAUUGUUAUGAAGAGAGACAUCAUUAAAAAUCGAGUUUAAAUUAAUUGCUGUUUUCUUUGAAUGCUUAUUUUAUUAUUGCUAAUGCAAUUACAUUAAAGUUCCACUGUAUUUACAAAAGGGAAAUGCAAAGUGAAUUCCAAAAUAUUGAAUUAGUUACUAAUUUUUGUGAUUUUUUUUAGUGUUUAUUAAAUGUGUUGGUCUGCUGCAAGCAAA